AUGCUGUUUGUUUACUACCGAAUACGAAGGACUUUUCUGGGAUAUUAUCAAGACGGUCUCCGUCAUGACAUGACCGACAUUUCGCAGUAUUAUCGGCAGGAUCAUGAAAAAGAUGGAUAUCCCAUAAGGCGUUUCUGGGUCGCUGAGAUUCCUUCUCUGACAUCCGAUAGUGGCUAUGAAGUUGUGGGCUGCGUAGCCCUCGGUAAAAGUGAUGGACCCUUAUUUGGCGAAUUGAAACGCCUCUUCGUUUUGCCCGCACAUCGCAAACGCGGAAUAGGAACAAAGCUGAUGCGAACUGUGAUAGUUUACGCCAAAGAACAGAAGAUUGCAUUGUUACAACUUGAAACCACUAACUUUCAACCGGUCGCUCGGGAGAUGUACUCCAGGCUGGGUUGGCACCACAAUGCAACGAGAGAAAGCGACUUUCAGGCUGGAGGGAUGAGGAUGAGUUUUGUUGAAUACUUGUUGCCAUUGUAA